AUGGCAGAGAAGCAGCUGCCCAUUAAUACUGAUGCUCCAGAGAGAAGGCCAGUCUUGGUGUCAUCUGGGUCAUCCUCCAGUGAAUUAUCCACAUCUGGAGCUUCUGAGCUGCAUCCUCUCUCCCUGGGACGUGUGUCAUCAAGCCAUCUGUCCUCCUUAACGGUGCCUGUGCGCUUGGAUGUCCUCUACUUCUUGCUUAACAGUGCCGCCAAAGGGGCACAGAGUGCCAUGGCUCCCGUACCUACUCCUAGUGGGCAAGGGUCUGUCUCUGCAUGUCAUUGCCCAGUUGCUUUACAAGCAGUGAGCUGCUGUAACAGCUGCCACCACUCCUCUCACAAUGCUUCUGACGGUGCUCCUUACACCGGGCGCCCCAGUGGGCCUCACCAUGAUGAAACAGCUUAUGGAAAUUAUGGCCGACACGGAAGAUUGAGCACUGGAAUCCCAGACAGACAAAACAACAAAUGGAUCAGGGUUUCCCAACGGAAUGAUGGGAAGAACUGGUCUGGAUCCCUUCAAGCAGAUUUGGCAAGAGGAUGGAGAAAUUCCCACUCCCCACUGGGAUGGCAGGAGAAGCAGAGGGAUGAAGGUGGAAGGCAUGGGAAAGGGGACAACUGGCAAGGAAAGCAGGCGAAUUUCAGGAAGUCCUGGGGCAACCGCAGAGAAAGUCUGGCUAAGUCAACCCCUUGGAAUUCAGACUCACUGGAUAGAAGAAGAGAAGGCACAUCGUCAUUUGGAGUACCUUCUGUAAACAUUAAGAAGAACCAAGAUGGAAGUUGUUGGCAAGCGAUGUGUGAUGCCCCAGAAGACCAAAGACAUGUGGCCCAUACCCAGAUUGGAUGGCAAAAGAGCCAAGGGACACAAGAACCUGCUGCUGAGCUGACUGAUACAACUGGCCAGGAUAAAAGAGAAGAUUGGGAGGCAGAAUAUGAAAAUACCCAAGAAACCUCCAGUGCUCCUGAGUGGUUUUCCAGUUCUUCCCUUCAGAGCAAAAAAAUGGAUACUUCCAAAGCAGGAGGUAGUUAUGAUGUAGAAUGGGCUGCGUCUGCUGAUCCACCCAAACAGAAGCCGGAGACCUCUCCUCUUCCCAAUUCAGUUUCCCAGGAUCAGGCAGGUACAUCUACAGAGAAGGAACUCGCCAAGUCUCGCUCAGAUUGGAGUAAGAAUGGCAGGUUUGCCCGUUACCUCCAGGGCCUUUAUUCUGACAUGCCAGGGAAGUCAAGCUCUGAGAGUUCCACAGAUCUGGCCAUCAAUACAGAUGCAGAGUCAUCCAGUCGGGAGAAGGAAGAGGCUGCAAAGAUGGCAGCUGAUGGAGAAUCAAAACCUUGGGAGUAGAUUAUGGCUAGGAGAUUAGCAAGGAGAAGAAGAGGAUACUAUGUAGUCUACAGACCUGGGAUCUAAGGGGAAACUUCCCCAGAAGUUUUGAUCUCUGGAAUUUCAGAGCUAUUUAAUUGGUUAAGAUAGAAGUUUGACUCCCAGUGUCUGUAAAUGGUGGUCAUUUUGUCUUGUUUUACAGUUUAUUCACAGCCCGUGUUACCCUUUAUUCACGGAACAAGGGUCUUCUUAAAUAAUCAGAUACGCCUGAUAUCCGUUCCAAAACAGGCUAACGAAUGGGCAUAUCAUCCAGUAAAUGCAACCAGUAUCCAACCAGAUACCUUUCCAUCUGAAGAGAAUAGAAAAAGCAAUGGCGAAUCGUGUUGGUGGCAUCAUUGCUCUGGGUAUUCUAAGAUACAUCAGAUGGGGUUAACCAUCACAGCCAGGAUUGUUCAUUUAGCAGUUUGUUACGACAGAAGCAUCCUCCUGACUCCGUACAGUCACCCACAUACAUGGGUGACUUCUAUAAAAGCUCCAUUGUGGGUUCUGUAGAAAGAAUCCAUGAUUUUUAAACCAAGGUCUGUCUGGUUUGAACCCAAAGGUUAGUUGGUAUUGGAUCUACUAGCUUAAGCACAGGAGGCUUGAAACCGUCAUGCAAAUCUCAGGAUACAGAUGAUAUCAUUUCAAAGAUUGUAUCAUUUCAGUACAUGGGAGAAACGGUUAGCAAAUCCCAUGAAAGAGCCAUUCUAGGCUGCUAAUUUUUAUUUUUAUUUUUUUGCACACAGAGAUGGGUAUGUUAAUUUAAUGCUGUCUGUCUAGUAUAUCUAAAUGUUACUCUAGCUGUUUAAGCACUCAUAACUGUUACGCUGAGGUUGUUUAGAAAGUUGUAAAAACAUCUUUGUAUAAUCUUACGUAGUGAACCUGGAUUUAAAAAUCCCAAGAAAAGCAUCGCUGAUGAUUUGAAGUACUUUACAGUAGAAUAUUAUGGUUUCCUGUAGUUUUUCUGAUUACUUGUCUCUUGUUGCAAUAAAGUUGGCACUGUGUUAGCAAGAUGGGCUGUUCUGUUUAAUAAACAAGGCAUGAGCGGAUGUAUUUAAACUUGAGUAGAACUGUCAUUGUGGGUAUUUCAAGGAUGCAGAGAAAGUUGAGGUUCAAUUUUAUUUACCUAAUUUUAUUUCUCCAAACAGAAUAGCAUGAUCAAAGCAGUGUGAUUGAAAA